AUGGCCGAUCAGAAUCACCUCAAAUAUAUCCCCGAUACUGGCACCUCUCACUCCAGUCAUCCGGAUGGGGGGUUUUCGGAUGUCAAAACUGCGGGCAGCGCGGCUGCUGGUGAGAAUGACGAGUCUUCGCCUGUACCGUCCUUACGAGACUGGAGGCUAAGACUUCUCACAAUUGGACUUUGUCAUUGCGUCUUCCUUUCUGCCCUGGAUAUCACCAUUGUCAGCACCUCGUUGACUGCGAUUGCCAAUGACCUGCACGCCUUCGAACAAAGUAGCUGGGUUGUUUCUAGCUACCUGACUUGUUACUUCAGUGAGGCUCUUUCAGACAUUCCAUGCUAA